AUGGUGGUGGCAGUGAUGCAGGCUAAUUCAAAAGGGUUUGCAGCAAUUUACCAGGCUUGUUGGAUGUUGAUGGAAAGGGGGAAAUUUUCAAUUGUCUUAGUGCUUGCUCUGCCUGCAAAUUUAGGGCUUGGAGCCAUUGAGGCCUUGUUUGGAUACAGGGUGAUAAGGGUUUACCAUAAUUCUGUUGGAAAAAUAAGUGCUUCUGUUGCUUUUGAGGGGAUUUUGGUUGCUUAUUUGUAUUCUCUUCUUCUCGUUCUUGACACAAUUGUUUGUUGCCUCUUUUACAAGAGUUGUUUGGAGGAUGAUCAAAGUGAUGAUGUUGAAAAGAAAGAGAAUCUAGAAGUGCUUCCAUGA